GGACUGGUCACAUGAUUAGAUGACGUAGGCGGUGGGUGGAGCGUGCUCCUGUCAGAGGUUUGCUUGUGUUUUUUUUUUUUUUGUUUUUUUUGGUCAUUUUUCCGUCGUUGCGACAAACCUCUGGAAGACAGGAAGAGAUGAACAGUGAGAACUUCAUCCUGAGUGAGAAGAUUGUUUCACCUUCCUACAUUCGACAGGGAGGCCAGGCACGGCGCGGCCAUGAGCAACUCAUCAGACACUUGCUAGACCAGGGUAAGUGUCCAGAUGAAGGCUGGAGUGAGAGCACCAUUGAGCUCUUCCUCAGUGAGCUGGCAUUGAUGGACAGCAACAAUUUCCUCGGCAACUGCGGUGUCGGGGAGAGAGAAGGCCGCGUGGCAUCCAGUCUUGUGGCAAGACGACAUUACAGGUUGAUUCAUGGCAUCGGUCGUUCAGGCGACAUCGCUGCUGUUCAACCCAAAGCUGCAGGAUCCAGCCUCCUCAACAAGCUGACCAACUCUGUUGUGUUGGACAUCCUAAAGCUUGCAGGUGUGCGGAGUGUGGCUAGCUGUUUCGUAGUUCCUAUGGCAACAGGAAUGAGCUUGACUCUCUGCUUCCUGACCCUCCGUCAUCGACGGCCGAAAGCUUGCUAUAUCAUUUGGCCUCGCAUUGACCAGAAGUCCUGUUUCAAAGCCAUGAUCACAGCAGGCUUUGAACCAGUGGUGGUAGAGAAUGUUCUUGAGGGUGAUGAGUUGCGGACAGAUUUGGAAGCCAUUGAGCACCAGAUUAAGGAACUUGGACCAGAAAGCAUCCUGUGUGUUCACUCAACAACAUCCUGCUUUGCUCCAAGGGUCCCUGACAGGCUGGAGGAAAUCGCUACAAUGUGUGCCAAAUACGACAUUCCCCACAUAGUUAACAAUGCCUAUGGUGUGCAGUCAUCCAAGUGUAUGCAUCUCAUCCAACAGGGAGCUCGUACAGGAAGAAUCGAUGCUUUUGUUCAGAGCUUAGACAAGAACUUCAUGGUUCCAGUAGGUGGUGCCAUCAUAGCAGGAUUUGAUGAGUCCUUCAUACAGGAGAUAAGCAAAAUGUACCCAGGACGAGCGUCAGCCUCACCUUCCCUCGAUGUCCUUAUUACCAUUCUCACUCUGGGAACCAGCGGCUAUAAGAAGCUUCUAUCAGAAAGAAAGGAGAUUUAUUCCUUCCUGGCUCUGGAGCUGAAGAAUCUGGCUUCAACACACGGAGAAAGAUUACUCCACACCCCACACAACCCCAUUUCACUGGCCAUGUCUCUGGAUGGUCUCCAGGCCAACAGCGAGAAGGCAGUGACUGAGCUAGGAUCCAUGCUGUUCACCCGCCAAGUGUCGGGAGCCAGGGUAAUACCACUGGGCAAGGAGCAGACCAUAAGUGGGCACACGUUCCGUGGCUUUAUGGCACACUCGGAGGCCUACCCCUGCCCGUACCUCAAUGCCGCCUCCGCCGUUGGCAUCACUCGAGAAGAUGUGACGCUGUGUAUCAAGAGGCUCGACAAGUGCCUGAAGACCCUCAAGAAAGGGGGAAAUGCAGCGAAAGGUCCAUCCCCGUUGCUCUCAUCGUACCAGGACGACUCUGCAGAGGAGUUAAUUAGCUGAAAUAGGAAAAUCUCAACAGAUGCUCGACUCAGGACGGUAAUCUAAUUUUUAAACUUUUGAAUGUAAAUGCAGGAAAGUGUUGCUUUGACCUUAAAGAACUUGUGAUUAUGGUUUAUAUCCAGUGGAGAAGACCAGCCGUAAAAGUUAAUGGAUUUCUGAAUGUGGAGCGUAUUGCAAUUUAUUGUCUGACAUUGUUUCAGUGGUGUUGCAUGUUUGGCUAUCGAUGGGCAGCUCAAAAAAAUUCAAACUGUAGAUAUCAUCCGUAUAUGCAACAGUUCACCGUGACUAGUAGUUGGUGUUUUUGUUUAAAUGUGCCCCCUGCAAAUGACAUAAAAAGAAAAAAUAAAUAAAUUUCAAAGUG